AUGCGUCCUUCUCCAGACCCUUCUGCCAUCUACGCGCUCAUCAACACACGUAACAUCUCGUGGUGCACAACCGCGCUCGACACCACAGCCUCUUCCCUGCGACACAACUACGUCACCCGCGUUCACGGGCGCUGCAUAUGCAGUGUCAUCGACACCGAGCUCGCCGCGCAGCCGAGCACGUCCUCCAUCUCGCAGCCAUCGCUCUGGCACGCCCGGCGCGACGUGCGGCGCAUCAUCUUCGGGACGUGGGCCCUCGUCGCGGGCUACGUCGUCUGGGGCGCGGUCAUCUUCCACUCCACGGGGCCGGGCCUGGGUGGCGGCGCCCAAGCUGACGGGUCCGUGCGCGUUGUGCUCGCGUGGUGGGUGUGGUACCCGGUUAUUGCGACCACGCAGGGCUCGUUGACGCUUGUGCUGCAUUUUGCGGAGGUCGUGGUGUCGAGUCUGAGGGAUGAGGCGACAUGGCGGGAGGCGGCGGGGGCGAGGGGGCCUUGGUUGUCGAGCAACCCGGUGCGCAAUGUGUUUUCGAGCUGGACGAGCGUGUUUUUGCUGGCUGCGAAGCCGUUCCUUCACUGGAUGUUCAGCUUAUGCUGCGACAUGGCGCUCAUUCAAGGCGAUUAUACGCAGUCAGAAUCUGAAGCCGUCACGAACAUGCAUUGGUAUCUCAGCAUGGGUGCCACUCAAAUAUGGAACCUCAGCAUCGCGCUCGACCUCUUCGCUGCGCUGCUCACGCUCCUCGCGCGCCAGCGGCCACAGGGGCCUCAGCCAGCUACGUAUGGACACAUUCAGACGCUUGCUAAUCUCGUUGAUGAGUGGCCAGCGGAUGGUGCUGAGAGGUUGUGGUGGGGGCAUAAGGGAAGCUACACAGUGGUCGGAAGCGGCUUCGAGUCGGGUGGGGAGAGUGCAAAAUGGUACCAUGCUGGGACAAGCGGGCGUCCUUUACCGCCUGUUAGGAUAGAGGGGUUGUAUGCGUAGACGAUAUGGGAGGUUCGGGAGAUGUAUGUUUUUUCAUCGGGAUUAUUUAUACG